AUGAACAAGCCGCCGAGGUCUCUCCGACUCAAAUCGGCGCUUGGGCUUCUUGUAGGGUACACCUCUUUCGAGGCGUACAUGCAUCUACGAACCCAGCACAUUAUAAGGGCGAGAAAGAAAGAGCAUGAAGCGGCCAUUGAGCUGGAAGACGUCUCCAAAUUCAAGUCUGCUACAAUCAAUGGAAUGUUUGUGAACCCUUUUGAUGAAUAUAGACCACAAACCGGAUUUGAAUUUCUCUGGGUGCGUUUGCUGGAGCUCGUCGAGAGUUUCUACGGCAACAAAAUCGAGAUCCACGAUAAAUAUCCCACUCCAGAGGGAGACUUCAAGGAAGUGGAUGAUAUGCUAAAGACGUUUAGACCGAAUUACGAGCUUCUUCGGGAGAAUUCUAAAAUUCUACAACAAUGUACCGCGCUGGGCAAUUUUGAUAAGCUUCGGGAAAAGAAGAAUGGUGUAUCCCUACAUGACCAGCUACUCUUCACUUGGCUAGGCCAGUCUUGUUCGCUUGUUCAGAUCUCGGGGAUUAAUAUUUUGACAGACCCAAUUUUUAGUGACCAUUUGUUCACACCGCAUUUUGGACCAAAGCGUCUUGUCAAAUCGCCGAUGACAUUGAGUGAUGUGAACUAUGCGACGAACAACAAGCUAGACUUUGUUUUGGUCUCGCAUAACCAUCCUGAUCAUCUUGACCUUGAUGCUGUGGAGCGCAUAAGUAACAGAGCCACAUGGAUUGUGCCCUUGGGACUCAAGCUGGUAUUGGCAAAACGGGGCAUCUAUAGAGUGGUCGAAUUGGACUGGUGGGAUAAGGUCUCCCUUAACAAGCUCAUAUGUGAAAGCCCUAACUUCAAGGAUGACUAUGAGAUUGUCUGCGUGCCAGCAAUGCACUGGUCUGGACGACACAUCACUGACUCAAACCAGUCGCUCUGGGGUUCUUUUAUCCUUAGGAGAAAUGGCCACUCUCUCCUUUACCAUGCUGGCGACACUGGAUUUUGCCGUGAGUUGUUUGAGAUGAUUGCUAAAUUGUACGGGCCUGUAACACUUCUGAUGCUUCCAAUCGGCCAGUACUGUCCUGAAUGGCAUCAACUGCCUCGCCAUAUACUGCCGGAGGAGAGUAUAAAAAUUGCGCAGAUCUUACAAACGAAGUUUGCCUUGGGGAUUCAUUUCGGAACGUUCAAGCUUAGCUCUGAGCCGAUUCUUGAACCAAAGAACAAGCUACUUGAUUUGGCCAAGCAUAUAGGCAAGGCCAACGACUACAAAGUGCCCGAAUUCGGUCUCACGUACUCAUACCAUCUCCACAACGGCGACCACCUUAAACACUUUUAG